CCUUGGCAAAGGAUCAUUGCACGGGAGAGGUUACGUAACGAAGAGCGCGUGGCUGUAAUCGCGCCGAUCGGGUCAUUUAACAAGUUCAAGUGGCUCAAGGGAAAGCAAAUAACAGGAUUAUUGGCUGAAAAGUUGUCGCCUUCAAGCAUUCUGCCUUCAGGAGAAGAAAUUACAUUGCAGUAAGAGUAAACUGUUUAGUAACCAGUAACAACACCGUCCCAAUGGCAAGCAGAAUACCCUCCCCUGCCGAUGAAACGCCAAAGCUCACCGAGUACAACCUAUCCGCCCGACAGGCCGGCUUGGGCAAGCUGCCCAAGUUUUCCGGCACACCCGAAGACUGGCCCCUGUUCUACGGGCUGUUCCGCUACUCGACCAAAGCGUGUGGCUUUACCGACUGCGAGAAUAUGCUGCGCCUGCACGAACAUCUUACCGGCGAGGCGAAACAGUCGGUGCGAAACCUGCUCAUCUUUCCGGCCACCCUGGAGGAGGCGAUCAAAGCGCUGAAGCAACGGUUCGGCCGACCCGAGCUGCUCGUGGACAGUUUGCUGGAGCGACUACGCCAGCUGCCCGCACCGAAGGAAGACCAGCCGCGGACGGUUAUGAACUUUGGCUUUGCCGUGUCGGACACUUGCCGCGCGAUAAAGUCGCUCGGGCGCCGUGAAUAUCUGGACGACUAUCAGCUGAAGCAGGAUCUGGUUCGGAAGCUGCCGCCCACGAACCAGCUGCAGUGGUUCCGGUUUGUGGGAGCGAGAACGCUGUAUCACGCGACGCUGGAUCAUCUGAGCGAGUUUCUGCGGCUGAUCGCGUUAGAUAUUAGUGAGCUGGAGCCGUACCGACCGAAACCUGGCAAGCGCAAUGGAGCAGGGAAAAAGAAGUCUAAUCGAAAUGGUAAUGGCGAUCAGAAGGAAAAGCGGGACAUUUGAUAGAAACCACGGCGUAAGGUAACAUGCUAUGAGGUUUUGAGGUGGUUUUAAGCCGCAUUUUUACGAUCACGAGAAGGAAUUGAAACGAACGGUUUAUUACCGUUCGCCAGCUAGCUGAACUAUCUUUUAUAUGCAUUCCCACAUACUGUGAAUUUAGUUUACGCGGAUGUGCGUAAACCCCGUAUGAGAAUUGUGAAAUAUAUUCACGAAAAGGGGCUGGCUGUGAUAUUUGGAGGAAAUUUGAAUAGGAAAGUGUACACCUUUAUCGCUGGUCGGUUUGCAACUGUAUAUUCGUUUGUCCUUUUUUGUAUAUAAUAAUUCAUGCAGUUCAUAGUUCAAGCAGAUCGAGCAGUUUCUAACGUCGAGUAGUUUAUAACCUAAUCUUAGUUUCCUAACGCUUUGUUUUAUGCAAUUCAAAUUUAUGUUCGAAAAU